CUCUCUAAAUCCUGUUCGCUAAAUCUCACUUCACCCAAACGAGCCUGCGCAAUGGAACAAAGUCGGAAUAUUGAGAUGUGACAUUGCUUGCACCUCAUCCUCUUCCUCGCUGUUUUUUUUAAUGACUUCAAACAUAUUCCUCUUAGCUGGGCUUUGGCGCGCUGAGACCCACGGGGAUGUUUAACGGUUACUUCUUUCAGUGGCAACUGUGUGAUGUCUUCAAGUGUAAAAUGUGCUGUAUCUCCUGCACGCACACCCUCUCUCUGGUGCUGUGUGUUUUGACCCUAACCCCGGUGGUGACAGCAGGGGCUGAGACCCUGUGUGGGGCAGAGCUGGUGGACACGCUGCAGUUUGUGUGUGGAGACAGAGGCUUUUAUUUCAGUAAACCCACAGGCUAUGGAUCCAGCUCAAGACGGUCACACAAUCGUGGCAUAGUCGACGAGUGCUGCUUCCAGAGCUGUGAGCUACGGCGACUGGAGAUGUACUGCGCACCAGUGAAACCUGGCAAGGCUGCCCGGUCCGUCAGGGCACAGCGCCACACGGACAUACCAAAAACCCAGAAGAAACAAAUGUCCGGUAAUAGUCACCCAUCCUGCAAGGAGGUGCAUCAGAAGAACACCAGUCGAGGGAACACGGGGGGCAGAAAUUACCGGAUGUAGACAAAGCAAAGAAAGAGUGACUGACCGAAAGAAUAAAAUGGUGGGGAAGGGAGAAGGACAGAUUGGUGGUGGGAGACGGGAGUCAUGCGUUAUUGGGUGGGGGGUAGGAGGGGUUUGUGUCAGCCCCAAGUGGAGCAGUUGACUGUCAAUGCAAAAACUAACACUAGGGGUAAAUCAAAAUGUACAGAGAGAGACACAUUUAUACAAUGCAUCAUAUAAAAUGGGAGAAAGUAAGCUGUUGGUAAUGUCCAACCAAUACACUAAGCCAGUGUAACUGCAGAGAUCAGAGAAGCAAACAGUCCCUUGGCAUUACAGCUCUUGUUUCAGUUGUACAAUUUGCACACCUAUGUGGUUUUAGGGAGGCUGUGUGAUCAGAAGGUUUUGGACUUUCUUGUGCCCAAGACAAAACCAGCCCCUGACACACCUCUUAAAGACAUAAACAUAGGACCAGGGUAUACCUGAAGUUAAUCUAUCUGCAUAAUAUUGUCAUUGAACAAGUCUGUACCUGCAUCUGACGGUUCGUAUCCAGUGUUUAUGAGCUUUUAUUGCUUAACCAUGUGAAAUACCCCACAUCUCAGCAAAAAUUCAAUUAUUCACAAUACAAAUACUCAUAUCCUCAUAUACAGUAAACAUAUUCACAGGCUUACAACAAAGACACUGUUUGUAUAAUCUUUAAAUGUAGGAACAGUUUGGAGUUGAAAUAAGAUUCUCCCCAUGCUUCUGUGACGGAAAUAAUUUUUCUAUGAUGUAGCAGGAAUGUGGUAAGAAUGUUGUGUCCACUAGGUAGUUCCAAAGAGAGGCCAGAAAUGUGUUCUAUCUCCAUUGCCUUUCAGAGGGCCAGGCUUGGUAUUCAUUCUCCAAUAGAUUUCAUCAUGCCAGACUUGAAGGCAGAUGUCUGCAUCUUAGUGCAAAUUAGAUUGUAACUGGAGCCUUGUAUUUAAAGGGGUUAUUAAAAUAGACACCUAGAAGUCAUAACUCCAAACACACUUUCUUGACCAUCUAGAAAGUUAAGUUGCAGUUUGUGAGUUAGGCUCCACAAAGAAUCGUGCAAUCUGAUUGGUGCUACCAACAUUUAGUUGGCUAAGUUUCUCAUUUCACACCUCCCCCUGACUUGACCUCCUCUUGUUCCCUAGCUAUGGUUCCCUUCCUGCCACAAGUGACACUACUAGCAUUGCUAGAUUGUAAAUAUGGAGAUUUCAUAAUAAGUAUAGUACUUCAAAGGUGUGCUAACAUUGUUCCAUCCCCUUUUUAAAUUUAUUGCAAUGCCUUUUUUCUAAAAAGAAAAAGAAAUUCAUUUCAAAUCAAGUGUCUAAUUUGACAAAGCUAACCAUUAAGAAAAGAACCAUAAGAAUAAUUCCCCUGCCAUGAUUUAGAUUUUCUUUAUUAAAAUUAUAUUACAUGAAUCAGAUUUUGCACAGUAAAAGUCCAUUUUUACUCUCCAUUUUAUGGGUGAGAAUGUGUACUUGCUACCUAGCUGGUUAGUUAGCCGGUGUAAUCUCGGCAAGCAAGGUUAGUCACCUAGCGGCAAACAAAUGUAGUAUGCAUUGGAAGUUAUUUUAUACCUAGCUAGUUGUUGUUGGGAUAUAUAUACACACACAUUCAGUGGCCACAUUAUUAGACUUACAUCUCAAUCCAACAGAUCACCUUAGAGAUGAGUUGGAACAGGAGUUUUGCUGCAUGAAUGUAUGUUUGAAAGAUCUGCAGGAGUUGAAUGAUGCUAUUGAGACAGAAUGGACCAAAAUCCAUAAGGAAUGUUUCCAACACACUGUUGAAUUCAUGCUAUGAAGAAUUCUGUCUGUUUUGGAGGGAAAAGAGGGACCUACCCAGUUCUAGAUAGGUAUACAUAAUAAAGCGGCCACUGAGUGUAUAUAUUGUUUGUGUGGGUGUGUGUGCGUGAUGUGUUGAAAAUGUUGAACCUUAAGGUUGGCUGCUAGCAACACACUAAUACUGUAAAUCAUGCUUUUUAAAACUGCCACCUCUGGUAAAUUGGGGCCGUACAUGACACUGUACAAAACUAUUGACUUAUUAGCAAAGAACUUCCCCAAAUGUUGGACGGACAUAUCUCACGUCGGAGCAUCAAGUUGGUCUGGUUUAUAGUACAAGUAAGGAACCUGACCAAUAAGGCCACCCAGAGGCAGACAGUAUAUGAUUGAAUGCGCCUUUUGAUUGACUGAAGGUAAAAGAUUGAUUUGCGUUCUUUUGAUUGAUAUCCUGCAAAGAUAGGGAAGACCCUUUGUUUUCUAGCAACCAGAUGUUUUUUCAUCUGAGAAAAAGAACAGAAAUGGUAGCUGCAACCAAACCAAAGUACUCUCACACACAUAAACUAUACAGAACACAAGGUCCUUGUCUCACAUGCAAAAGCAUGCGUAUUCACACAGUAUUGCAACUCAGAACACACUUUUGUGCACAAUCAGACGCACUCGCCAUAGUGCAAUACUAAACUAAUUGUAAGCAAGUUUCAUGCAGCAGCUCCUAAAGACCUCUUGAGAACAACCAGAUCUGGCUCACUUCCCAUGUAUUUCCAAGUAGUGUUGCAGCAGUUUGCACAAUCUGUCACGCACUAAUAAGUGUGCAAUGUCACAAAAACCUAAGAUUAUAUCACAUCCCGUCACACUGCCUCCUCUGUGCCUGUGUAUAUUCCACCAAUACUCCCACGUAAAUUAUUUUAUGCAUUGUUCUACUGUCAUUGUACAUGAUGGUGUCAUAUAGCAAAACUAAUAAGAAAUUUUAUCCACUGUAUAAUGGUGCUAUUUUGUAGUGUGUUAUCUGCAAGGGUUGGCUAAAGCAGUGAAAGAAAGUGAAGGUGGAGCUGGUGGUUGGAGCUCUUCCCUUUUGCACAGCCGCGUGGCCACGAUUUUUAAGUUUUUUUAUUAUUAUUAUUAUUAUUAUUAUUAUUAUUAUUAUUAUUAUUUGUAAGCUAUUUCAAUCAGUUAGUUGUGUAAGUGAGCAAAAUGUAUUUCUGUGAAAUCUGUGAAUGCAUGGAAAAACAUAUCUGAUAUGAUCCCAAGAAGGCUAAUUGCCUUUUUUCUACUGUUUGUAAAUUAUUAUUAUUAUUAAUAUUAUUAUUCAUAAUUGAUCACUAUGCCAAAUGACUUGACAAAAAGUACUGUGAACUGUAAUCUUAAAUUGUUACCAAGAUGUUUAAGGUCAUAGUAUACUUUUGUCUGUCCUGUAACUCAUGUACUGCAAGAACUGGUAAUGUUGACUUCAGUAAACGUGUGUACAACAUGCAACAAGCGUAAUAUGCACUGGAACUUCUCAUUGUCAUGAGAGAUCUGGCCAGCUGGACACCGAUGAUUGGUCACCCUUGACAAUGACAAUUCUGAGGGCAGCCUGAUCUGAGGUAUUUUUUUUUUUACUGAAGCAACAGAACAGCUGAUUUCUGUGGUACUAAAUGCAGCUCACCUGUAUUCAACAUGUUGUGUGGGGUGUUGGUUUAAGUGUGAAACUGGGAGUCUAUGGAGCUUCGCCUACCAGACUGAUGGUCACUGUUCAGAGUGUGCUUCCAGAGAAAUUUGAAGCUUGUCAUGUCUGGUACAACAAGCUCCAUUUGUUCCCUUGUUACUCCACACAAAGCUGAGUAAUGCAGGUGUUGUAUAUUGCAUAGCCAAUGAAAAAUAAAAUCUGAGGAAAAUUCUGCUGUAAGCAGAAUUAUAGGGUUGAAUCAACCAGGUUUGGGCAGGAAUUAUUGCAUUGUUCAUUUAGAAAAAAAAUGUCUGAGUGAAUUCACAAAAUUAUCCACAACAUAAAAUAACAAAACGGUCUCUUGAUUUUAAAGCACAAAAGUGAGUUUUGUCUUAAUCAAGCCCAAUAUUAAGAAAACUUUCAAAAGGAUUUUUAAAGCUGUCUAUCAGAGGACAGAUGAUUGUCUGAUUAAAGCGCUUAUUAUUAUUGGUGCUCCAUUAUAUUCUGUAGAAAAUGUUUAAAUACUGACAGAUUGUUCACAAUUCCUGCUGAAUAAACCACUUGUCAAUAUUC